AUGACUGAUUUUUUGAGGAAUUUGCCCAAGCCGAAGAGGAGGCCCUAUGAGUACGCCGAUGGGGAAGACGACGGAAGUAGAAGCGGUGGAGGUGGAGGCGGUGGAAGUACAGGCGGUGGAGGUGGAGACGGUGGAGGUAGAAACGAUGGGAGUAGAGACGGUGGGAAGAAGAGCCAUGGAAGCAAAGCUGACGGGAAGAACCAGUGUUACGAGUACCUGAAGAGGAAGUACCUGCGAAUCACUUGCAACGAGGAUUUCCAAGGGGGAGGAGCCUAUCCGGAGAUCCACGUCAACCAAUACCCUAACAACAUGGGCCUUCCAGAAGGUGGUGUUGGAGGCGGAGGAGGCCCGGGGGGAAAAAGUACCAAAGGAAACGUAGUGCUCAAGUAUCUAGACGAAAAUAACAACGUAAAGUAUGACAACCUAAUUAAUGAAGAUGUCCUAAUGUACAAUAAACAAAUAGAAGCAAUAGAACCAAAUGAAAAAAUCCAAAAAUUAAGAAAAAAAAAAAUCCUAUCAGAUGCAAAAGAUAAAGAAGAAAAAUUUAAUGAACUAGCCAUUUACAAACCAAAUGAAGAGGAAGAAAAUGAAAUCAUAAAUAAUACAAAAAAAAAUAUUGAACAAAUGCUAAAUGAAAAAUUAAAAAAAAGUUUAGGAAAUAAACAAGAAGAUAAAUUUUUUAGAUAUAUUCCUCAAAAUAAACUUAACUCAAAUUUAGAUGAAAGGAUUAUAAAAGUGGUCCAUAAAACAGUGGACCCUUUAGACGUGUCUAAAUUUAAACAUAAAAAAUUACCCAAUGUGAAGAACUCUCCUGAUUAUCCUUUGUUAAGGUCCCCUACUAGAAAAAUAAACAAAGAAGAGGAGGAAAAUUGGAAAAUACCUCCUUGUGUCUCCAACUGGAAAAAUAACAAAGGAUAUAACAUCCCCUUGGAUAAACGAAUACAAAGUGAUAAUAAAAAACUAAACAAUGUUGAGAUUAACGAAAAAUUUGCACACCUAAGUGAGUACCUGUACGUGGCGGAGAAAAAAGCGAGAGAAGAAAUCAAAAUGAGGAACAGCAUCAUUAAACAAAAAAAAUUAAAAGAAAAAGAAGAAAAAGAAAACGUUUUACGAAAUUUAGCCAUACAAGCAAGAAAAGAAAAAGGACUUGCACAAACACAGAGCUCCAUUAUCAACGAAAGAAAAAGAGAAAUAGAAAGAGAUUACCGCAUAGAAAAAAAUCUUAAAAAAAUGAAAAAUUAUGAAAAUAGACUCAUCGAAGAACAACUUGCUCUCAACAAAGUCAAUCUCAGUAAAAACAGCAACAUACAUGAUGUUAGCCUUUUCAACAUAAACAGUCACAAUGACGACGGAAAGAAUCAACUCACAACCAACGACGAUGAUAUGUACCAGAUUUAUGACACCUCUUUGUUCAACUCCAAACAGAGCAACAAUAUUUACAAGUUCUCCAACGAGCGGGUGAGGAAGACGCUGCAAAAGAUGGAGACCACGCAGAGCACCGCCGAGCCGGUCAAAUUUAUCAAGGACAUCUCCGACCCCUUCGGCCUCGACAGCCUGCUCUCCCAGGCCAAGAAGAAGUAG